CGUAUACAAACGCUUUAAGGGAGGCCGUCAAUCCCACAAUUCCUGUCUUCGUAACAACAUGGUAAAGUCUAUCCAGUGUCGACGGAGAUGAAAUGAAUAUUUCAAAAGUGUUGUGUUAUAUGAACAUUGGAGUUUGCUGAAUUUUAAUAUAUAGUCUGUAACAAACUUAUUAGUUUUACAAUGGCGGAAGAAGUGGCUGAAAGCUACAAAUCUUCUCUGGAUGAGUUGGUGAUAAAUAGUAAACCACAGAUAAGCAUGUUGACGAUGUUGGCGGAAGACCAUUUACAGUAUGCAAGUGAAAUCAUCAGGGUCAUCGAAGAGCAAAUCAAGAAGGUUUCAGUGUCAAGAAAGCUUCCUAUCAUGUAUUUGAUCGACUCUAUUAUAAAGAAUCUUUCUACGACAGAAUAUCCACAGCUGUUUUCCCAAUGCAUUGUACAGAUAUUUUGUGGAGUUUUUGAAGAGGUUGAUGAGAAGACUCGAACAUCUCUUUACAAAUUGCGGCAGACUUGGGUAGAUAUAAUACCCAACAAGCAACUUUACAUCUUGGAUAGAAAAGUACAGCUCAUUGAUCCGGCCUGGCCCAUAACAGCAAAGCCUCCUGAAACUGGAGUGAUUCAUGUUAACCCAAAAUUUUUAAAGCAAAACAAAGAGAUUGAAAGAAGCCCACAGUUCAGCCCAUUGCAAACUGAAUCGUCUGCAGAGGAUACUUAUGAUGAAUUGAUUGCUAAAGAAAGAGAACUUGAAGCUUUGCGUUUGAAAGUUGAACUUGCAGAGGCCAAGGCUAAAUUGGAGGCACAGAGAAAACAGAUUGAAGAACAAGCUAUUCUUAAAAGAAAUAACAAAUCGAUUGACAGAGAGCCUCCAGCUGGUAUAAAACUCCCUCCUGUAAUAGGCUCAUCUACACAGAAUUCUAAUAGAGAUCCUCGGUUGAAUAGAGGACCUCCAGUUAAUCGUGAUCCACGUUUGAAACGGCAGAUGGAAAGAGAAGAACAAGAGCGUUUAAUUAUUGAAAAACCCUUAACUAAACCAGAAAUGGCGUUAGCCGGCAAAACUGCAGAUAAAACUAGUGACUCAUCUUUAAGUACGAGAAGCACUUCUAGUAGCUUAACUGAAAGUAGUUCCACAUCUCCUCGCAUGGACCUAGCAACUCUAAUCUCCUCCUUUACUGUUGCAGCAGCUAAGGUAGCUGCAGAGAGUAAAAAGUCACCACAAGCUUCUGCAGCACCCAAGCAAGUGGAAGUGACGCAGCAGAAAAAAAUGGUUGAAUCAAAACCAAAAGCUGAUCUUCCGAAAGAAAGAACAAAAUUUGAUGACACCAUUGCUACUACUUCAAGAAAUAAGAAAAAUGUUAGCCCUGUAGAGAAAAAAAGUAGUGCAUCCAGCUCAAGUUCAAUCAGUGAAUCCCAAUCAAAAAGUAAAUCUAAAGUUGAUUUGAAAGAGCCAAGUAAUGAAUUGAAAAAGAUCAGUUCUUCAAGAAGUAGGGAAAAAAUAGAUGGUAACUCAAGCGAAAAGAAUCAAAAAGAGUUGAAAGGAAAGUUAGAUAAUAAGGACGACAAAGAAAAACGAGACAAGGACAAAGAGAAGAUGAGCUCAGAGAGAAGAGAUAGUAAAGAAAGUAGGGAAAGCAAAGAAAGAAGAGAAAGUAAGGAAAGAAGAGAGAGUAGAGAAAGACGUGACAGUAAAGAAAGAAAGGAUAGUAUAGAGAGGGACAGGAGAGACAAAGAUAAAAGAGAUAGCAAAGAAUCAGACCGUAUCAGAGAUAAGAAAGAUAGAAGGCUUGACCUUGAGCCGAAUAGACACAGCCCAAGAAGAAAUUUUGGAAGAAGAUCUCCAGAUUUUCGAAGGGGUGCUAGAAUUGAACGGCCUAGCAGAGUCAGGCAAAGAGACAAAAGAGGGUUUGUUCCAGUAAUUCAUACUGCAGAUGGGGAAACUGAUCAAUUUGGUAGAAUGCUCAGAAACUCACAAUCUGGCUCCAGCAGUAGAGAUCGUUCUCCCCUAGACCCUAGCAGAGAUACUCUUUCCAGCUCUCCUAAAACUUUGGAAAGUGAGGAUAAAGCAUUGAUAAAAAAUGUUUCUUCUGAGAAAGCACCUGUAGAUGAAAGUGAAAAAACUAAUGCUGAAGUUUUCAGUUCAGACAAAAAUGAUCAUGCUGCAUUGCUCGAGAAGGUCACAGGUGAUGUGGAAGAAAAGAGAGAAACUAGUCCCAUUGUGAUGGAUGCAGAUGUUAGUGAACAAAAUAUGGAUAUAGAGGAAGAAAGUGUGGAAGACCAGAAGGAGCUUGACCUUAAUCAGGAUGUUGACAUGCGCAUUCAGCCAAUAGCUUCAGAAAAAAGAAAAGAUAAAUUUGAAGAUAAAGUCAAAGAAGACAAGCCUGACUCCUCAAAUGAUACAAAUGUGACCAAUUCCUCUGGUAGUUUAAAGCGGUUGAAUUCAGAAUCAGAAGAAAUAAAAAUUGAAGUUCGUCCGUACAAAAUACCCAAACUAGAUCCAACAAAAAAGACUGGAUCUAAAAGUGAGGAUAACCAAGAAGAUAUCAGUAAAUUAUUUGGUGAAGAGGAUGUGGACUAUAGGCACCAGCUACCGCCCAAGAAUUUGUUAGCACCACCUCCUUUUCCAGUAGAUAGUCUUCUUUCUCCAACUGCUAAUCUUAAAAGUCCAGCCCAGCGACGGUGGAGCCAGUUCAAGGAAAGUCACCCUGAUGAUUUUGCACAAGAUAUUGAAAGAAAACGUCUGCGGGAUGCUCAGAUGCAAUCAAUAGCUAUGGAAAAUCAAGAUGUUGACCUCAGGCAAAUGCAGCCAAAUCAAAGACCAUUGCCUGUGGCAAUGAUAGAUUCAACUAUGACUAUUCCUAAAGAUUUGUCAAUUGAAAAUCAAGAGCAGAUUCUGCAGAAAGCUGAGCAAGAGCUUAAAGAGGGGCGUAUUACUCUUGGAGAACACCAAGAGAUCGUAAGGCAACUUGGCCAAGUUUAUGACAUUCAGAAAAAACGCCACAACUUAGAAGAUCGUCAACCAAGAAGUCUAGAUAUGCGUGAUCCGCGUUUGAGAGGUAUCAGAGAGAGAGGUGGUUAUUCAGAUGAGGCAGAUAGAAGAGGGUCAUACAAAGAUGUGAGCUUGCAUAAAAAAACACUUCUGCCUUCUUUACCCCUCUCUGGUGAUAUGCCGGAUGAAUCAGCUGGUAAUUCACCCAGGUAUAGAGACAGACGAGAUUAUAAUUUGGGAUAUGAAGCUGGCUUGAAUGAAGAUUAUGAUGGAAGACGUCCACCUAGGCCAUCUGCUAGACAUGAUCGUCGGGGUGUUGAAUUCAACAGACGCAGAGGACCUCCCUUGGAUUAUGAUGGGCGAUCUCCCAGAGACUUUGACAUGGAUAACUCAAGGUCUCCACACGAGUAUGAUGACCACACGACAACCAGGUUUAGGGAUUUUGAUGGAAUGGCCAGAAGAGAUGAGACCUACAAUAAGAGAGGUUUAGAUUAUGAUGAUAGACGACCUUCUGUAGAUGACGAUGAGCGACACAGAGACUAUAGAGACAGUAGACCUUAUGAUGAAUAUGAUAAAUCAAAGAUAAGAAAACCACCUAUGCCUUUGAGAGGUCAGAGGCAGGAUGAUUUAAGAGAAAGAAGAAGAAAUACACCGCCGCAAGAAGGUUCUUAUAGAGGUUUAUCUGAUGAACUCCAGGUUCCUAGACCUUAUGGUAUGCCUGAUGAAAGACAAGUUCCAAGACCUUAUGAUAAGCCUACAGGUCCAAGACCUUUUGGACCAAGACAUCCAGCACAAGAUAUCAGAGGACCUCACCCUAACUUUAUGCCCAUGAGACCACAGGGCCCAAGGUCUGAUGGUCCCAAACUGAAUCCAAUGCCAGUUUCAAGCAUAAUAAAUGAAAGCCCAAGAAUAUCUGAUCCAAUGGAUGACCCAAGAUGGUCAGCCAUGAGAGGUCUUUUAGAUAAUGAAGGUGCUGAAGAGAUUGUUAUUGAUGGUAAGCCCUUUGAGCUUAGAAUGGGCACUUCCCGCAAAUUGCGCAUAUAUGGCAAAGUUAUGGAUGUUGCUGUAGAUUUGAAGGAGCGAGGUAUCAGAAUUGACAAUCAACUAGUAUACAAGCUUGGAGAGCCUAUUAAAGAAGUCCCAGCUGCUGGUAGAUCAGUUAGGCUUUACUAUCAUGGCCUUCCAAAGCCUAUUUGGUUGGAUGGUCAGCAGCAUGAAAUGAGGAUGGAUGCGCCACCUAGAAAUGUUAUGGUGGAUGGCUUCAGAAGAGGCUUUCAGAUUGAUGGACGCGAUAUGAUGAUUCUAGUAGAUAGAUUGGAGAAAGGACCUUAUGGUGGACCUCCAAGAAAGAUAAGGAUAGCAGGUGUUGAUCAUGAUAUAGCCUUUCAGGCACCACCUCGACGGAUAUUAAUAGACAACAAAUCUUGUGAGCUCAAGUUAGAUAGCAAAAUUCCCUAUGUCAUUAUUAAUGGAAAGCCUCAUGGAAUCAGGUUUGAUGGAGAGCCCAGAACUGUCUUUAUCAAUGAGCAACCAUUUACAAUACCAGUGGACAGAGCUGAGAAGAUAAGGAUAGGUCCUCGUCCCACUUACAUUGCCUUUGGUGGACCUGCUCAUGAAAUAAUCAUAGAUGGCAAAUGGUUUGAAGUGAAGUUUGAUAACGUUCCUAAAGAUAUUCAUCUUGGCAACAGACAUUUUUCCAUAAGAAUUCCAGGUCCAUUGCCCCGUGUCAAAAUACUUGAUGAGCUACCUCCAAAUGUUGAUGAAUCAAGGCUAAUGUCUUCUCAUCAACUGCAAAUGUCUCAAAAUGUCCAACCCAGAAUGCCUCAGUCCGAGCCUGCACAGAUGGAACCUUUUAUGAGUAAUCCCAAUACAUUAAUAACACCAGUUGGACCAUCAGACGGAACUAUAGAAGCUGUACCCCCUAAUACUCAGACAGCAGAAGGGAUAAUGCGUCCAGUUGGGCCAGUUGUACAAGAUAUUAGAUUUAACCAACCAGGGGCCACAAACAUUGUAGCACAGAGUCAGCCCAUUAUGGCCCAGUCAGGUCAACCAUCUAUGCUCCCUCAACAAAAUCAAAUUAUGCAAGGACAGAUGCAAAAUCCGCUUCUAGGGAUACGGCAAAAUCUUAUGGGAUUCGGCCUAAAUCAAACAAAUAUUCCAAGACAGCCAGUUAAUAUGUUAGCACAAGGAUUAUUCACUCAGGUCGCAUCUGGCAUGAUGAAUAAUCAAUUUGGUGGUAUUGCUGGACUUCCCGACUUUGCAGCUGGCCUUCGAGCUUUGGGUCAAAUGACGUCUCAAGCACCUUCACAACAGCUGCAAAUGACGCCUCAAAUUCAGCAGACUUUGCCCAAUCAGAUUCAGCCUCAAAUCCCUGCACAGCUACAGCCACAGUUGCCUCCCUUUCAACAACAGAUGCCCCCACCACUGCAGAACCAAAUCCCACCACUGCAGACCCAGUUACCAACUCAGCUUCAGUCACAGAUCCCACAACUUCUCCAAUCACAGAUCCCAACCCAGCUUAUGCAUAAAGAGGAGGAUCAUAGUGCUGCCCUGGUCACAGGCAUACAAGGGAAUACCUUUGGAAUUAAUCAGUUUGGCAAGCCAGUGUUACCUAAUGUGCAGAUAACUAAUCAACCAGGGCUGCCUGUCUUACCUAAUCCACUGGCUGUUUCUAACACAACGCUGGAUACAACAGUGAAACCACCUAUAGAUAUCAACAGUCUGCUCAAUAACUUGUUAAAGGUUGGACUCAUUAAAGAUACUCCCAAACUUGAAACCUCUUCUACAACAGUUUCAGAGGCAUCAGAAAUGCCAAAGACUCCUACUGCUGCUACUGCAACAUCAGAACUUGAGAAGAAAAAGGCCACUAUACCUAAUCUGACUGAUUUUAAUGUAGAGAAGCUGAGAAAGCAGUACAGUAGUGUUAUCGAGCUACUCCAUGAGGGUAUUCAAUGUCAUACUUGUGCUGCCAGGUUCACUAUGAAUGAUGUGAAAUACAGGGCUCACUUGGAUUGGCAUUUCAGGCAAAAUAAAAUGGAGCAGGAAAUGGUCAAGGUAGCAAAGAAUAGGAAAUGGUUUUAUUCGAUUCCUGACUGGGUUCAGUAUGAAGAAUUAGAAGACACAGAAGAAAAAUCACGGAGUGAAAUAUUUGAACAGAUGCGACCAAAUGAAGAGAAACCAUCGGUUGUUGGGCACACUAUCAGCUUUCAGGCUUUGGAAGGAAAAGAUGUUAUUAAAAAUCCUGUUGCUACUGGCAUUGAAGGAGAAGAUGUAUGUGCUACAUGUGGAGAUCCUUUUGACCAAAUGUGGAAUGAAGAAACUGAAGAGUGGAUACUGAAGAACACUAUUAAAGUUGAUGGCAAGACCUAUCAUCCAGUUUGCUAUGAAGAUGCCCAAGAGACGCCAACACCAAUUAUUGCACCUUCUAAGAAUCCUUUGGAUCAGCAACUUGCUGAUGUGAAGAAUGUUGACCUUGAUGUAACAGACAACUCUGAACCAGAUGCACUUGUGAGUGUCAAAUUAGAACCUGAAGAGAUAAAGCUUGAACCUGUAGAAUCAAAGGAGGUCAAUAUGGAUGUUGAUCAAGAAAUAAAAACUGAACCUGCAGAAGACUCAGUAGGUCAUGAGACCUGUGUUACAGAAGAAAUGUCUGAAGCACAAGCAUUGUCUGAAACACCAGACUCUGAGUCAGUUUUAACGGAAAAUCUUACCCAGGCUCCGAAUAUGCUUAGCACUCUUAGUACUACCAUUGUUCGUGAGGUCAUACCAAUUAGCCAUGAUGAUCCCAUGUCUCCAUGGGAAAUGGAUUCCAACCCUACUCCUGAGUUAUCUCGCACACCAACUCCUGAACCCACCCCAGCCCUAUCAGUUUCAUCCGAAUCAAUCAUCUCACUUGCUCCAAAUUCAGAAGAGGUCAUGUCUUCUGAAGACCCUAUCCCUCCUGCACAGUUGGCAGUAUUAAAACCAGCUACCACAUCUAGUCAACAAAAAAAAGAACCAACUGUGACCAGGGUUGAUAACACAGGUUUGUAGUGUUCAGCUAAUCAACAGUGCUUGAUGCUACAGCCAUAAAUGUUUCUUUACAUUCAUGUGUUGGGUGUUUCAAAGACUCAUCACACUAACUGUGAUAGUUGUUAGUUGUAGUGAAGUGAUUGGAAUCUGUUUAUUGUAAUGAUAUAAAUGUGUAUAUUUUGUUGUUUAUGACUUUCAUAUGACUGCCUUCAAUGCAACAUGUUGCAUUAAAAAAAAAAUCUUUUAUACACACAA